AGAAAUGGAAACUAUGUGUGCCAACAUUAUUUUCCCGAUAACGAAUCCUAUUACGUUGAAAAUGUUUCCCUGCCAAUGGCUCGCAUAGGCAUAUCGCACGCAUUCGACACUCACUUGCAGUGCAGAAUCAAUGCGAGAGUGGCCGGAUAAGGCGAUUCUCUCUCUUUCUCAUUCUCAUCGAGUGUCGAGACACUCGAGUGUAAGCGCAUACUAACGUCAAUGUGUGCGUGCUUAACUUGGCACUUUGUAUGCGCUAUGUAGCUAUAUGUACACACGCAGACCGCAUCGCGGAGCGGCUCUCGCAAAAACGUACAGUUGCCAGUUCGCAGUACUACUAUUCAGGCAGGAGCAAUCUCGAUUCGCGAGUAGUAGUACAUGUCUAUAAUCAAACGGGUCAAGGCGGCCGACUUUUUUCCGCGUGUUUUAAAAGACUCUGGCACACUUCGACGUCAUAUAGAUAGUUGACAAUUUGAUUUCGCUACCGAGGUGGGCUACUGCUGCUGCUGCUGCUGUUGCGAUCGAAUUUUUGGAGAAGUGCACAACGCGGCUCUCUCGCGCGAGUGCAGAAAAAUUCCGCGAAAGUGAGACAAUCGCGAUAAGGAUCUGCUCUCGAGAGAUACGGAGUCUCGGAACGUUUCUCGUUCGUAUAUUGUGUACUUUUAUGCUCGUCAUUCGUCGAAAUCGAUGAAAUCGACUCGUCGUCGUCGGCACAGUGUCCCAAGACAUCGACGGCAACGGACUUGGCUCUCGCAUGCAGGCAUGGAAGCUCGCAUCUAUGCUUCGCAGCAUGCCUCGCAGUCACAACAACAACAACAAUACGAGUCCAAGAGCAGCAGUGGUAUAGCUUAUGACAAUUAAGGUUAUGUCGCGCGCUGCUGCUGAGUAAACACAUCGUAGUGUCGUCGUCGCUGCUGUGCAGGCCACGCGCGAAUCAAUCGCGUAUUACAAGCACGACCGUCCAAGUGCGGCCGAUGAAAUCUCUCUACAAUAUAAUACAUGCCCAUGAGUGAGAGAGACACACACACAUGGUCGCUCGAUAUAAGCUCGUCCGUCGGAAGCAUAACAAGUAACAUACUUGAACAAAAAAAAAAAAGAAAGGAAAUCGCAUCGUGUUGGAUACGAUUGAGCGGCCGUGUUUAUUUGCACAAAGAGUCGAAAGUUAGAGUGUCAAGAUUUGCUGCUGCUGCUGCUGUGACGUGCUGCGGUGUGGUGCGCCGCGGGGCCUAAUUUCGCGUCGUCGUGUGCUUCCGCAAGUUCAACAACCUUUGAACCUUUGCCGCAUACCUACUAAUAUACAGUCUACUGCCGCAAACGAGUCAGUCGUGUGCUGUCUUGAUCGUGUGCCGAGGCAAAAAAAAUCUUGGUGUGUGUGUGUGUGCGCGCCUCGUCAGUGUGCCUUCUCUACACCUAUAGGAUUCGCAUAGGCCGUUUUACCAAUGCUAUUGCAUUGUUGCAUAUAGCGCGGUAUCGACCAAGCCAUAAAUUGCUGCUGCUGCUGCUGCAGGGACACGCAUGUUAUAUAGUGGUGUACGGUACACGCGCUUAGUCAUAUUUAUAUAGACCGGCGUGUAUAGUGGCGGCCAGCAAGUGCAAUAUAGCGGCGAUCGUGUGUGCCAUUUUUUAUUCAUGACAUUUUUGAUAUAUAAGAGCGUAUAAGUUAUAGCUAUAAAAAAAAAUAUAAACAGACUGCGAGGCGAUGCUCCGAUUGUUCAUCACGAGUUUGACGCAGAAGAGCAACGGCAAUCGUGGCAGCGACAAUAACAGAAGCAAUAAUAACGACGGCAGAGGCGGCGUCGGUGCCGAAUGGCACGCGGGCAACGAGGAGCAGCAGGAAGAGGAGGACAACAACGACGACGACGGCAGCAGCCCAAUGACGGCUUCGCCGCCUAAGCUGCCGCUCGACAUAAUCGUGCCCCCGGCCGUGCUGCAGCGUCGAGGUGGCAUGUGCCUCACCGGUGUCAUCAUUAGAGCUUUUCUUCAACUCAGUUUGAGCCAAGCAACCGAAGUGAUGUUGGAUCAGCACGAUUUGGUGCUGCGAAUGUCCGAGGAGGUGAUCGCAGCCGCGAGCGAGAAAAGGGCGACGCUCUGCACGGCCGAGGUCGACGACUACGACGACGACGAGGACGAGGACGACGAGCUCGCGAAGGAGGACGCGGACAAGGAGGAGCUCGAGCAGCAGGCGCGAGCCAUCAUCAGGCGCUGCAGCGAGGCAGCCACCGCCGCCGAGCACAGCGAGCUCGAGAAGCAGCUGCUGCUGCGGCUGGACCUGAGCCAGCACAGGCACAGGCACACCGGCCGCUUCCUCACGAUGCACAAGCGGCGCAGGAAGCGACUGACCACGCGAUCGCUCGAUCAGGAGCCGGGACUGCUCGACGACAUCGCCAACGGACUGGUGCAGUGCGUCCUCGAGAAGGUGGCCGAGUGGGAUUUCAACGCUUUCACCCUCGAAAACGUCGCUGGCGGUCGAUCGCUGCCGGUGCUCUGCGUCCACCUCUUCCACUGGUACGGGCUCUUGGAGUACUUCAAGCUCGACGUCGUCAAUGUCUGGAAGCUCUUCUCCUUGAUCGAGGAGGGUUAUCACAGUACGAAUCCUUACCAUAACAGUAUACACGCGGCCGAUGUCACGCAAGCGAUGCACUGCUUCCUCCAAGUCGAAAAGAUAAGAAAACAUCUGAGCCCUCUUGAAAUAAUGGCCGCCCUCAUCGCCGCAGUGACGCACGACCUCGAUCAUCCCGGCGUCAAUCAGCCGUUCCUCGUCGCCACCAGCAACCACCUGGCCACGCUUUAUCAGAACAAAUCCGUGCUGGAGAAUCACCACUGGAGGUCGGCCAUCGGCUGCCUGCUCGAGUCCGGGGUGGCGGACCAGCUGUCCGAGGAGAUCAAGCCCGACCUCGAGCGGCGCAUCUGCGAGCUCAUACUCGCCACCGACAUAACUCGCCAGAACGAAUUUCUCACGCGCUUCGAGGAAUACCUGGGCAGCGAGCUGAGCAUGGAAUCGGAGGAGCACCGCCACUUCAUAUUGCAGAUCGCCCUCAAGUGCGCCGACAUCUCGAACCCAUGCAGGCCGUGGGACGUGCAGCGCAAGUGGGCCCACAAGGUCUGCGAGGAGUUCUUCCGCCAGGGCGACUACGAGCGCCAGCUCAAUCUGCCGGUCACGGCGGUCUGCGAUCGGCACAACACCAGCAUACCCAAGAUCCAGCACGGCUUCUUCCAGUUCAUCGUGCUGCCGCUCUACAAGCUGUUGCACCAAUUCAUCGACGACGACUUCAGCAAGAGCCUGAUGAAAAAUCUCGAUUUCAAUCACAAGCAGUGGCUGGACAUGAUUAAGGAGGCCGAGGAGGAGGCAUCGAAGCGCCAGCACCUCGAGGACGAAUUGGCCAAGAAAUCGCAUCAGCAGCAGAGAGAUUCCAGCGGUUCGGAAGCUCUCACCGACGUCGUGCAGAUCUCCGAGACGAUACAGGAGGACUCGGCCAGUCUGGAACUGCCGUUGUCGUCGUCGUCGCCGCGGGGUCUGGUUCCACCGAAAGCCUCGAUCCAGGGCCGACGUCACUCGGUGCCCAUCAGCCUGCUGACUCUGGCGCCGCGGCCCACGACCAAUCGUCGCGAGAGCCUACCGGGCGGCGCCCCGAAUCAGCUCUCGUCGCGCUACAGCAGCCUCCAGCAGCAGUAUCAUCAUCGCUCGGACGGCGCCUCCCCGACCCAGAGCAUCAGCUGUCACAGUCAGGGCCAGGGCACGAGUGCCUCUUCUUCGGCCUCCCCGGCGCCCGACAGGCCCGUCAGCGCCGAGAAUCUGCUGCCCGAGCCGAGCAUCGCCAGCAUCGCCAAUAGUCGCGAGGCCAUCAGAUUGAGCAGCUUGGUGCAGCAGCAGCCAUGGGAUCACAACGCAUUGGAGAGCCAGCAAGCAACGACGAAUCGACAGGCGACCUUGACUCGACAGCAAACCUUCCCUCCGGUACAGCCGUUCGCCCGAAUGCGAUACAUGUCGACGACCGCCGAGAUGUCGCAGUGCUGCACCGAGGUACUUCUCGAGGGUGACAGCUCGUCCUCGCGCUCCAACUCGCCAACUUCGGCGGCGAUGCCGACCACGCCGAUGACUCACAGCGGCAUCUCGUCGCCCAGUCCGCAGUACCUCACCGUCAAACCCGGCCUGACGGGCUCGUCGAGCGGCGGCGAGCUGCGUCGACACUCCACCCCGACGCAGAGCAAGAGUCGAACUCCGGGCUCGGGGCGACGUUUCACCACCAUACCACUGACCCAGGAGGACGAGACCGCCGGCACCAGUCUUGCAGGAGGUAAAUUUUUCAUCGGCAGUCCGCCCGACUCGCCGCCGAGACAAGCCAGCGCGACACCGUCUAGCGACAGCGGCAGCGGCAGUAUGGGCGGUGGAGGCGGCGGUGCUGGGACUGGAGAACCUCGCAAGAGCGUAGACAGCGUGAGUUUGCCCGGUACCAAGAGAGACUACAGCGACACGACCAGGGAGAAGAGCUCCAAGAUUCUCAAAUUGAUGAAAGAGAACGUCGACCCGCGAAUCUGCGUCGAAGAAAUGACUAACAAGGGAGCCGUUCUGGUUCCGAUCUCGAAUAGGCGAUCAGCCAGCAAUCAGGGUUGGGCACGGCGACGCGGCUCGGCGCCCGUUGGUCUGCAGGCCAGGCUAGACGAUGGCGGCGUGACCACGACGAUGACCAGUACGGCCAACAAUCGCACGAUAGAGUCGUGCUCCAGACGCGGCAGUGUGCCGGCCGACAUAACUGCUCAACCAAAUGCAGCAGGUGUAAAUCGUAACGGUCCAAGUAAACUUAAUUCUGGUGGAAGCAAGCACGUCGUGCUAAUAAGCGGAAGCAAGAGACGGUCCAGUCUGCCGCACGAAAUGACCUUAGGAAAUCUCAUUGGCAAUCUCGUUUUGCUAACUGCAGCAGAACGUGAGAUGUAUCCUCUGAACAACAACCUGCAUCACGCGAGCAACAACGCCAACAACAAUACGACGACCAGCGCGACGGGAAGCAACAACAACGGUUUCGGGCGCAUAACUUUCGAUCAGGGUGGCACCACCACGGCCAUACUGACCUCGAGACGAGGCUCGGUACCGGCCGACAUAUCGGAGCUACGCCGCAACAGUUCCAACAUCAGCGCGUCGGGUAAGACCCGUCGCACGGGCAGCAAGAAGCUUCUUCGCAGGCGCAGCAGUGGCGGCCCCGAGAUGUUCGCGUGCGCCGGCGACAACGCCGACUCUUCCUGGCGAAACAAGCGCGAAUUGAAGAGGGAAGACAUGUCGAACUCGUCGGCCCAGGUCAAGAGGCGAGGAUCGCUCCCCGUCGACGUUCUGACAAUAUCGUUCUCUGGCAGAUACGUUCAUAGAUAGGAUAGAGCAUUGUUUCGAGUCGGAUGAUAUUAAACAUUCGCGGCGAGUUGUGCGUUACGCACACGCGUAUAUACGCAGUUUCCGAUAAAUAAGCUCGAAAGAAUGAUUUAACUGUUAUUAUUGUAUCUGUGUAUACCGUCGCAAUGACGGCGAGUUGCAAUUAAGAUUUCAUUUUUCCUCGCUGAGCGUGAAAGAAAAGCGAGUUUCUAUACAUUAAUACCAUUCGAGUGUUCGGGAAACUUUUUUGUGCGUCGUUAUCGAAUAUCGCAUGGUUAUACAUGCACAAAAGUUUUUAUAUCUAUAUAUUAUAAAUUUAAAUUAAAAAUGUAUUAUAUCAUGAAUAUCCUGGUCACGCAGACACGUGAAUUGUACCAUUAAUAUGAUUUUUCAGGUAUAUAUUAAUGAGCGUGUACACGUGAGAAUAAACAAAAUUCUUGGAUCAAAUUUUGAAAUUGUACAAGCGAUUUUUAAAGAUACUUUUUCGUAGUUAUUUGCCAUGCAUCAGUGUAAAUUUUAAAAUCCUGAACAAUACACGUGGAGAUAUUUUCUUCUUGAGUUUUUUACAUCGACAAAAGUAUCAAUUGUGUGUUCAAAAGGUUUACGCUUUUUAUAACAUCAACAACACAAGAAUCUCUGUGAGUUGUUGUUAAUUUGAUUCUUAUUUACUUCAGUUUUGACUCUAGAACAGAAGAAUGGAAAUUAAACUGUACUACGUGACUAUGAAAACUAUAAGGGUAUCAUCAUGAUUUUGCAUGUAUCGUGAAGCAGUAGAUUGGCAUUUAUUAGGCUGGUCCUAAGCUAUUCAAUCUAAAUUUUCAACCGCCUGUCGAACGUAAAAAAAGUAAAAAUCACCUUACCAAUGUUUAUGCGUAUACUAUGUGGAAGUGAGGUGUUCCAGCGAUUUAAGCCCCUAACUUUACUAUAAUAUCAAAUUAAAUGAAAUAAUACACUUACUGUUGUAAUAAUUCUUUGGACGAAACUGAUGAUGUAUGUUAUGAUAAGUAUUUCGUAAUGAAUAAUAUUAAUCUAAAUCAUCAUGGUGUAUCGUCUCAUGUAUAGUCGUAAUGAGUAAGUGUAUGAAUAAGUUUAAAAGUAAUUCAUUGAUUUUCAAUGCAUUCAUGAAAAACUUUCAGCCUCAACGUUCAACCAUAAACAUACUAUUGUAUUUGUUUAUUCGAUAUUUUCAUCUGAAUUUUAAAUCUUUUAUAUGAUUGCGUGAGCAGGUAAAUGACAAUUUGUGCAAAUGUUCCUAGAUUAUAAUUUCAACGUAUGCAUCCAACCUCGGUUGAACACGAUUUCUUUGUAUUUUUCAUCAACCUGAAAGUAUAAAUUCAUUACAUGUAUUGCAUAUAUCAUAUUAAGUAGAAAUCAAAUUAAAAGAAUGCAAAGGUAUAUUAUAUAAUUUCUGCCAUAUGUUAAAAUAUUUAGAUGCGAUA